UACCCGUCGGGCGUUGGAAUCCCUGAACUUUUUCGAAGUUGGGGUACCGGACCAACUUUGUCUCUCACCCCGAACACUCCCCACCGUCUCACCGUCCUCCCUCCGCUGCUUCACCUUCGGGAUCGCUGAAGCGACCUGACGAAUCCCCCGGAGCGGCGAGCCCGACGGUAACGAGGCUCUGGAGGAUCCGAGAUCACAGGGGGAUCUGGAAAGUUUGGAGCUUCUGUGAUCAUGGGGUCGUCAGCAAGCCAGCUCUCCAAGGAACAGCUCACUGAGUAUCAGGAGCUGACAUUUUUAACAAAGCAAGACAUUCUGCAUGCUUAUCGGCUAUUCAAACAGCUGCUUUCAGCUGAACAGAUCGACUUACAAUACACACGAGUUCCACAGAAGACAGUUUGUGAAAUGCCAGAGUUGAAGGCCAAUCCCUUCCGGGAGAGAAUCUGUCUCGUGUUUUCAACUUCGGCUGAAAAGGAUGGCAGCAUGUCCUUCGAGGACUUCUUGGACAUGCUCAGUGUGUUUAGUGAUUCUGCAACACCUGAGAUUAAGUCUCACUAUGCUUUUAAAAUCUUUGAUUUUGAUGGUGAUGGGACAUUGAAUAAGGAGGACCUGAAGAAACUGGUGAACUGUCUGACAGGAGGCACAGACAACUCCCAGCUGACAGAGUCAGACAUGAACCAGCUGAUCAACAACAUUUUGGAAGAAUCUGACAUUGACAAGGAUGGAACAGUGAACCUCUCAGAAUUUCAGCAUGUCAUUUCCAGAUCGCCGGACUUUGUCAGCUCGUUUCGGAUUGUCCUGUAGCACAAUGAGCACCUGCAAAAGGAAAGAAUGUACGAAGCUCUGUGGCCAGUUGGAAAGGUCACGUUUCUCCUGCUCGCUGCUGUUCUUAAUAUUCUUUUGUCACGGUUCCUCACUAGAAUUACAAUGAUCAGAAUAAUUGUUUCCAAUAUUUACAAGUUGUUUUUAAUAAUUAUUAAUGACGCACCCGUUAAUAUUUUUACUGUAUAAUAAAGGUGUUUUCUAUCUUCA